AUGCCUCGCCAAACUAGACGUUCCGCCCCUGCUCAACAAACUCGCCAUGCUUCCACCAUGCCUGCACGUCAAGCACCUCCACCAUCUGCUCCUAGACCUGCUGCCCCUCCUGCUCAACAACACGCUCCUGCUCCCGCCCCUCAACAGCAUGCUAUGGCUCCUGCCCCCGCUGCUGCUCCUCCAGCUCUUGCUCAAGCCGCUCCUCAGCAACCUGGCAUGUUUGCUCAAAUGGCCACUACUGCUGCUGGUGUUGCAGUCGGUUCAGCUGUUGGACAUACUCUUGCUAACGGCGUCUCUUCUCUCUUCAGUGGAUCUUCCUCUGAACAACCCGCUGCUGCUCCUGAACAGCCUCAAUAUCAAGCAGCUCCUCAAUAUCAGCCUCAACAAUUCCAGGCAGCUCCUCAACCCUCUGGCAAUGCUUGUGAAGCUGAUGCCAAGGCUUUCACCAACUGUCUUGAGGCUAGCAACAACGAUUUUGCUUCUUGUCAAUGGUACCUUGAGGCCCUCAAGUCUUGUCAACAAAUGGCAUCCAACUACUAA